CUCCGGGCGGGAGGAGCGCUUUGCGCCUGCGCAGUCGGGGCGGUUGCCAUGGAGUCGGAAGGGGCCUACGAGCCGGGCUUCGUGGGGAUCCGCUUCUGCCAGGAAUGCAUCACUGAAAUGACCUCCCCGGGUGCAAGCCUGGGCAGUGUGUCUGGAGGUCCUGGGCUGCCCGGAUGAGAAGACCCCCGUCUCGGCCUCGCUGAGGUGGUCCAAAGGAAAGCAGAGCUAUGCGUUUGGCACCAACUUGGCGGCAGGAGUUGACGGAAAGAGGUGCACAAGACGCCACCCAGCCUCCUUAGCUGACUCCACUCUGGAUUUGUCAACAACAUGUUGUACCCUAAAGAAGACAAAGAGAACAGGAUCCUUCUCUAUGCUGUGAGUGUCAGGUGGCAAUACUCUCUUCAGUGCCGCAACUGCGACUACCAGCAGGAGGCUGACAAUAGCUGCAUCUACGUCAAUAAGAUCACGCAUGAAGUUGAUGAACUAACCCAGAUCAUUGCUGACGUUUCCCAGGACCCAACUCUGCCCCGAACAGAGGACCACCCUUGCCAAAAGUGCGGUCACAAGGAAGCCGUGUUCUUCCAGUCUCACAGCGCAAGGGCUGAGGAUGCCAUGCGGCUGUAUUACGUCUGCACGGCCCCACACUGCGGUCACCGCUGGACAGAGUGAAGCCCGUGGAGAUGUCAGCCCCCUCCUUGUCCCUUUCCUGACGUUACCUUAAUUUCUCUCCUUUCUGACAAACUUCCAGAUGAUUCAACUGCUGCCUGUCUGUGCCUAGACACCCUCUUUGACUUGGGUUGUUUGUGUUUUUGGCUCUGUUAAUAAAACAUGGUUUAUAUUUUUA